GGUGGAAGUUGCUGUGGGACGUUUUUCAGACACGUUCCCUCUCCUGUCAGCUCGCCGGUCCCCUACCAUCUUCUGUCCGCGGCCACAUCUCGCGAGAUCAGUGAUCUGUCUGUGGGAGUUGCAGGGAGAGUGGAAGAAGGCAGGCGGCAUCAUGGCGGACAGAGACAGUGGAAGCGAGCAAGGAGGAGCGGCGAUGAGUUCCGGUGGCAGCUCGCUACACCCAGCCUCAGGGGUCGGGGGCUCGGCCCUGCAGCACGAAACCCAGGAGCUGGCCUCCAAGCGCGUAGACAUCCAGAACAAACGCUUCUACUUGGACGUUAAGCAGAACGCCAAGGGCCGCUUCCUAAAGAUAGCCGAGGUAGGGGCUGGAGGCAAUAAGAGCCGGCUGACCCUGUCCAUGUCCGUGGCCGUGGAGUUCCGCGACUACUUGGGGGAUUUUAUCGAACAUUACGCCCAGUUGGGACCUAGUAACCCGGACAUGGCGCAGGACGAGCCCCGGCGAGCUCUCAAGAGCGAGUUCCUAGUGCGGGAGAACCGAAAGUACUACAUGGAUCUGAAGGAGAACCAGAGAGGCCGAUUCCUGAGGAUCCGUCAGACGGUCAACCGCGGCCCGGGCUUGGGCUCUACACAGGGUCAAACCAUUGCUCUUCCAGCGCAAGGACUGAUCGAGUUCCGUGAUGCUCUGGCAAAGCUUAUCGACGAUUACGGGGUGGAGGAGGAGCCCGCUGAAUUACCCGAGGGCACUUCCUUAACUGUGGACAACAAGCGCUUCUUCUUCGAUGUGGGCUCCAACAAGUACGGGGUGUUCAUGCGGGUGAGUGAGGUGAAGCCCACCUACCGCAACUCCAUCACUGUCCCGUACAAAGUGUGGGCCAAAUUCGGGCAUACUUUCUGCAAAUAUGCCGAGGAAAUGAAGAAGAUCCAGGAGAAACAGAGAGAAAAACGAGCUUCUGAGCAUCAGCAACAACAAGAAGAAGCCCAUGGAGACGAUGGAGAUGAUGAUUGAUAACUGUAUAGAAAAAAAGAAAAAGUUAUCUCUAAAAAAAAAAAAAAAAAACUGUAAUGGAAAAAAGUAAAAAUACAUAUAUCACUGUUAACUCCAAGGGAGCACCACCCACAAAACCUCCACAAACUGACAGAUUUUUUUGACUUGUCACUCCCAUCGCUGGAUGUUGUCCACUUAUCCACCAUAUAAACAGUAAGCAGCUGCUAAAACAAACAAAAGAAAAAAGUAAUAACAUUAUAUAUUGAACUGUGUUUCCUACUUGAUUAAAAUAUAAAGGUUUGAGUGUUUAUUUCCCUAAUUAACCAAGAACUUUUGUACACCUGCUAUUAUUAUUAUUAUUAUUAUUAUUAUUACGUGUUUGCAAUGUUCAGAUUAUAAAAAAAA